ACGGACCGACGGGACUAAACUCUGGAAGUGUCCCACCCGUGUUGGUGUUGUGGCUGACCACCAUAUUUCAUCAUUAAAUCGCUCGUUGCUCCUCGCGAUCCGUAUAAAUAGCAUGACCAACACACCUGUAGGGCAUCAGUCUUCAUCCGUCCAGUCAACCUAGCUAUCGUAUUAUAUUCCAUCAUCGCCAGCGAUUAACUCAAAAUCAAAAUGAGCAUCAAAAUGUCACUGUUCGCCGUCGUCGCCUGCUGUCUGGUCGCCAUGUCCGUCGCCGCCCCGUCUGGCUUGGUUCCCGCGCCACUCGUGGCCGCCGCACCGGUCGUGGCCGCCCCCGCCCAACCCGUGGUCACUGCCUACAGUUCGCAGUACGUGGCCAGAAACUACAACGGCAUCGCAGUCGCGCCCGCCGUCGUCCCGUCUGCGGCCGUUGUCGGCUACCCAGCACCCGCACCCAUCUACGCACCCGCCGCCUACGCCUACCCUAGUCCGCUGGUCCAAGACUACUUGUUCUGAACUUCCGUUUCCGGGCGACAGUUCAGCGCGCACGGCAGUAAACGCGCGGCAGCGACAUUUCAGUAGUGCGUCGAAGUCUAUCUGUCAUGAACUUCACUCAUUCUUCAUCUCGCACUCAUCUUUAUACCUUUAUUAUAUUUUAUCUAUACAUAUUAUAAAAACAAUAUUUGUUUAAUUCAUAUUAUACUGCUGUCAUGUUUAUUUUGACAACUCCUUAAGUAAAAUUUUCAAAAAAUAAAUAAACCAAAAAAGCGUUUACUCUUCACAAAC